AUGGCACAUUGCAAGAAUGUUGGUGGUGCUCUCGCUGGUGCCUCAGGUGUUGACAAUGGUGAUGAUAGACCUUGUCGUCUCACAACUAUUGAGAAUGGAAAGAAGGUGGUCAGCAAGAAGAGGAAGAUUACUGACAGGGACACUGAGAUAGCUAGGGUAGUAGCAGCCGCAGUUGAGGCAGCCGAGUUCAUCGACAAACGCUUCAAGCAAUAUCUAUCAAAACAUGGAAUCCGUCACAACGUCGCUACCCCCUAUCAUCCUCAGACAAGUGGCCAAGCAGAGACUUCCAAUAAGCAAAUCAAGAAUAUUCUUCAGAAGAUAGUGAAUUAAAUGGGAACGGCAUAGAAAGACAAGUUACCCAAUGCACUCUGGGCAUACCGGACAGCAUACAAGACCCCAAUUGGAAUGUCCCCAUACCAAUUGGUGUACGGGAAGACUUGCCACCUACCUGUUGAACUAGAGUUCAAAGCACACUGGGCCAUAAAGAGAUGGAAUAUGGACCUAGAUGUUGCUGAAGAUCAUAGAAGAAUGCAACUAUCAGAAUUGGAAGAAUGGCGAGAGAAAGCAUAUCAUAAUUCGAAGAUCUACAAAGAAAGAGUCAAAAGGUGGCAUGACAAGAGAAUCAAGAAGAAGGAGUUCACACCCGGAGAUAAGGUAUUACUUUUUAAUUACAGGGUGAAGCUUUUCGGGCAUGGAAAACUCUGGAGUAAAUGGGAAGGA